AUGAAGGAUCACGACGCCAUCAAGCUCUUCGUGGGGCAGAUCCCGCGCAACCUGGAGGAGAGCGACCUCAAGCCACUCUUCGAGGAGUUCGGCCGCAUCUACGAGCUCACCGUCCUCAAGGAUCGCUUCACCGGCAUGCACAAAGGCUGUGCCUUCCUCACCUACUGCGCCCGCGACUCGGCCCUGAAGGCACAGAGUGCCCUGCACGAGCAGAAGACACUGCCGGGGAUGAACCGCCCCAUCCAGGUGAAGCCAGCUGACAGCGAGGGCCGAGGAGAAGACAGGAAGCUCUUUGUGGGCAUGCUGGGGAAGCAGCAGAGUGAAGAUGAUGUCCGGCGCCUCUUUGAGCCCUUUGGCCAGAUCGAGGAGUGCACCAUCCUCCGAGGGCCUGACGGAGCCAGCAAAGGUUGUGCCUUUGUGAAAUACGGCAGCCAUGCUGAGGCACAGGCCGCCAUCAACAGCCUCCACGGCAGCCAGACCAUGCCGGGUGCUUCGUCCAGCCUGGUGGUGAAGUUUGCGGAUACAGACAAGGAGAGGACCCUGCGGCGGAUGCAUCAGAUGGCAGGGCAGCUGGGGAUCUUCAACCCCAUGACCAUCCAGUUUGGUGCCUACGGGGCGUAUACACAAGCGAUCAUGCAGCAGCAGGCGGCUCUGAUGGCAGCGGCACAGGGGACCUGCCUGAACCCCAUGGCUGCCAUCGCUGCUGCCCAGAUGCAGCAAAUGGCCGCUUUCAAUGUCAGCGGGCUGGUGGCCACCCCCCUCACCCCCUCUUCAGGUACAAGCACCCCUCCUGGCAUCAGCACGGCACCUGUGCCCAGCAUCACCACUCCGAUUGGCGUGAAUGGCUUCAGCCCACUGCCACCGCAGACCAAUGGGCAGCCCACCUCCGAGACCAUCUACACCAAUGGCAUCCACCCCUAUCCAGCUCAAAGCCCCACCGUGGCAGAUCCCCUCCAGCAAGCCUAUGCAGGCAUGCAACACUAUGCAGCAGCGUAUCCCGCCGCCUACGCGCCCAUCAGCCAGGCCUUUCCCCAGCAGGCACCCAUCAUCCCGCAGCAGCAGCGAGAAGGUCCCGAGGGCUGUAACCUGUUCAUUUAUCACCUGCCCCAGGAGUUCGGGGACGCGGAGCUCACGCAGAUGUUCUUGCCUUUUGGCAAUGUCAUCUCUGCCAAAGUCUUUGUGGACCGUGCCACCAACCAGAGUAAAUGCUUUGGUUUCGUCAGUUUCGACAAUCCAACGAGCGCUCAGGCAGCCAUUCAGGCCAUGAACGGCUUCCAGAUUGGCAUGAAGAGGCUAAAAGUCCAGCUAAAGCGGCCAAAAGAUGCCAGUAGACCCUACUGACCUCUGCCUGCACUGGCUCUCUAGAGGUUGGCAUCCCACGCUGUCUGACGACUUUCCCCUUCCCCAAGUGCAGUAUCCAAACCCGUAACUCUCUUUCUUUGUGAUACAUCCCGGAGGAGGUGAUGGAGAAAACGGUGAAGAGAGCCACUCUGGUGUUAGCUUUUCUUUUCUGAUUUUUAUUUCCCGAACCGGUCUUGUUUGUAACUUAACAAGAGAGAGAGGAGGAUAAGGAAGGAGGAAAGCGAUGCGGCUCUGGGGCUGAGAUUCACCGCCAGCUGCUCACCAGGACUCACUGAAUCCCUCUCCGGGAGAAAGGACGAUGGCCCUGGGCAGCGGGGAUACGAUCAACCUUUGUUUGUUGUUUUAUUUUUUAAAGCACUCAUUUGCUGCUACUGAUUUCCCAGGAGAAAAGAGGAAAAUGAGGCUCCAAACAAGGAAAAAGAGGCUCCAGACGGAUUCUUAAACCAAAGCCGGUGGGACGGGACCAGCCUUGGGCACUUCACCUGGAAGAUGCUUGUUUGGAAAAAAAAAGGAAAAUGGCAAGAUUUUCUUUUUCCCCACAUCAGGAAGGGAAAAAAAAAAAGGGAGAAAAGGAUGUUGGACUUACAGAAUAUAUAUAUAAAUAAGUAUAUAUAUAUAUAUCCCAUGGAGCAGGGCGCAGGCCACGCGCUUCCCCUGCUUGUCACUGGCACAGGGACAUAGGAUUACUUGUUUCAGAGUCAUAUCAUUCCUUAGAGUUUAGGGACCAAAGGACUAUUGCUUUUUUUAAAAUAUAUCUAUAAAUAAAUUAAUUUAAAAAAAACCCACAAAACACAUAAAAAAAAGUUAAAAAAAAAGAGGAAAGAAGACAAAAGCACCCAAGCGGGAGCGGAGGCUGAGACGGACCUUGGGCGGGAGCAGCCGCCACCAUUUCCUCAAGGGCCGACGUGCAGGGCCCAAGGGCUCAGUUUCGGGGGGUCGGUGGGUGGCCGGGGAUGGGGCGAGGCGAGGGGUGCAUUUUGGGGGGCUGUGGUGGCUCCCCAGCCCCACAGCCCAGGUGGGAGCUGAUGAUGGGAGAUCGAGAUGGUGACAGGAGCCUCGCGGCCACCUCCGGGCGAGGGCAAUGCAGUUCUUUACCUUUUCGGUUGG